UAACGGAAUUUAAUCGAGCAUAAGGAAAAGUAAAGUAGCCAAUCGUUUGGUUAUUUUCGUCCUUUCCUGUAGAUUUUCCGUGUAGCACGCAUUUUAUCUUAAAUCCAUUAUGUUAUGAUUUCUCGGAAUAGUAUUUGAUAAACGAGCAUAUCACCAAAUAGCAGUAUAGCGCAUGAAAGACUUUGGCAGAAAUGUGUAACUUAAAGAAAAAAAUAGAAAACGGUUUUGAAGUUGUUGGCUAUAAAAUUGCUUGCCAUGCCUGGAAGGUUUGUAUCAUAAGCCUGCUUUGCAACGCUUUCCUUGGACUGGGACUAAUUUACUUUCGUUCGAUCAACAAUGAGGAAAUAUAUUUAUCAGAUAAAACUCAAACACGCAGAAAUAUGGAUAUGCUCGUAAAAGUAUUCGGGGAACAAAAUCAGACAGAAUUCUAUCCCUUUCAAAGCAUUCGGCCACAAAUGUACGCUGAACUUAUUAUUUGGAGAUCAGAUCAUGGAAAUUUGAUAAAUAGUUCUUUAACUGGACAAAUCAACUUAAUUCUUAACUAUGUAAAAGAUAUCAAAGUUAAUUCAGGCUCAGUGAAGGGAAAUCGAAUCGCGUACAGUGAUGUAUGUUCUCGUCGUAAUGCAUCAUGUGUUAUUGACGGAGAGGACAUAUUAGAAGAAGUCAAGUUAAAUGAAAAAAUCAAACUUGAUAAAACUGGAUAUGGGAAAGGCGGGUAUCGUAUUAAAAAUGUUGCAAAUUAUACACUUAAACAAAACUAUAUAGCCACUGCAACUUUUCUAAGAUUCAGAUUCUAUCUAAAACCGACUACCGAUGCUAAAAUCUGGAUUAAUAACUUCAUAAAGGAGAUGCAAAUAUUUCCGAAGAAAAAAUUACAUGGCGAAUUGUUAUUUGUGUUUGCUCACUCUGGCUCAUUUUUCGAAGAACUAAGCAAAGAUUCCGAGAAUGAUGUCAACUAUUUCUCUCUUGUAUUUACUCUAUAUGUUGUUUAUUUUGGUUUCAUUUUUUCUGGUGGUAACAAUCUUACAAACAGAUCCAACAUUGGCAGGUUUGGUAUCCUGAUCACGCCAAUUAGUAUAGCUGGAGCAUGGGGAGCACUUGCUUUCAGUGGCGUGAUGUACACAGAUAUAGCUGGUAUAGUUCCGUUCUUCAUUCUCGGUCAUCAGAGUAUUAACUUAACGACAACAUUAUCACGUGUAUCAGAUGUCGUUCAUCUAGAAGAUGGUAAAAGACGUGUUAGUUAUGCAGUCAAAAAGUCAAUUGUACCUGUAACAACAACUUUGUUAUGUCACACGCUGCCUUUUGUCGUUGGAGUGCUCUCAAGUUUCUCUGUAGUGCAUUUAGUCAGUAUUUAUACCGUUACAACCUUGGUGUUUAACUAUUUGAAUCAUUUCAUUCUCUUCACGGCCUGCGUUGCCCUUCAUGAGCGCAGAGUUGAUAUCGGAAGGCAUUAUUGCACAUGCGCCAAAUUGCUUACAGCCGAUGAGUUAAAGGAUAAGAAUUGUUGUUUACGUCGGUGUUGUACAGGAAGUAAGGCGACCAAAAGAUCUGAUACAGAAAGUAAAAUACAGCGAUUUUUCAGAAACUGCAUGUCUUAUCUACUACCAACACCGCUUGUGAAAUUUACAGCUAUCUUAUCUUGUAUUAUCAUUUUUGCUUUUGCUUUAAAUGCCUUACUUUAUAAUGUUAAAGGUGAUGUUAUUCAGGCUGAUGAGGUCCGUGCUGGCUCAUAUUUCUAUGAAUGGAAUAAAAUUGUCAACGAAUAUUUUGAAAAAGAGUUAGAAGUGCAGGUUGCUGUAGCUCAUCCGCGUGGUUUUACAGAUGCACGAUUAAUUGUCUUAACAUUGAUGGAGACUUUAAAAUCACAGACCAGUUUUUCAGUACAUUCUGCUCUACUUUGGUAUGACCUAGUUCCUGACGAUAAUAAAAAUUCGUUUUUUCUGGAGAAAAACAUAUCAACAUAUGUAUCAAAUAGUCUUAUCCCGAUAUAUCCGUUUGUGUCUAAUGACCUUAAGUUUAAUGCUAUGGGGAACAAAAUAAUAGCAUCCAGGUUUUAUUUUAGAUUUAAAACCAUUUCCACAAGUUCAACAGAAAAAAGUAAACAAUUUUUAACGGAUAUAUUAGACAGGUUCAACAAUAUUUUAGAAAUAAAAUAUAAUGGUCUUUGUCAUUCAGUGUUUCCAGAUGAAAGAUGCAUUAUCAUGAACUCGCCUGAUUUCAUAUUAAUUGACGAUUUUAUGCGACCACUUUGGGACAUGUUCACAUUUUUUGCCGUACAGAUGUGUGUUUUGUUCUUUAUGUCUCUAAUGUUUAGCCAAGGUAUAUGUAAUAUGCUUUUUGCACCUUUCUGCUAUGCUUAUAUGAUUGUUUGCAUAUUGGGUUUGUCCACAUUUUAUAGUAAAUAUAUCUGUCAGGUAACAAUGCUGUUUCUUGUUAUCAGUGCCUGCUAUUGUAUCGAAGUACUUGUUCAUAUUGGCCAUUCCAAUCACAAAAAUGCAAAUGAAACCAUGAAAGGAUAUUACAAGAAACUAAGUAUUGCUAUUCAAAACAUUGGUCUCAUUUUAUUUGGACAACUUAUUGCUAUACUUGCACUGCUGAAUGCAUCAUCAUUCUUUUUUGGCACUUUAUUUUUGAUAACAAUUACUACAACAGGAAUUUGUAUUAUCACUUCUUUGUUAUGGUUACCGACGUUAAUGACAUUUCCAUGGUUACCAAAUAAUACACGCAUUAAAGAUGACCCCAAGCCUGUAAACAAACAUGAUGCGCUUAAUGACAAUCAUGCUUUAAAUCCAAGUGAACAAUUAGAAAGCAUAGAAGUUUCGAAAACGGAAUCUCGAAAAAGUAUACAUUCCACUUCAUUGACAGAAAAUGAGUCAUGCAUCAAACUAGAAUCAAGACAAUCGUAUUCAAAUGAAACCCCAUCGCAAUCUUUAAUGAUAAAAGACUCCAAAGAAAUUGCGGUUAAUACAACAGAUCUUGGAUGUAGUACGAUAAACAAGAUUGAGCAGGGUUAUGACGAAAUAUUAAAAGGUACCAAUCCCAACAUUAUUGAUGUUUUCAUCUCAACAGAGAACACAGCUUGUCAAAACGUCUCAACAAAUCAGCCUGAUGGUGGUGCCGAGGGUACUAUAAGUUUGGAAAAAAGUUACGAUCUGGAUAUCAAAGACAUACCAAACUCACAAGAAGACAAGGAACAUAUCUCUAAAACGGUAUGUGACGUUCAAAAUGAAGCAACAGAAGCAAAUGGUAAACUGGAGAGUAACAAUCCAAAUAAUAUUGAUGGUUUAAUCUCAACGGAGAACACAGAUUGCCAAAACAUCUCAACAAAUCUACCAGAUUGUGAAGCCAAGGGUAGUAUAAGUAUGGAAAAAUGUUACGACUUGGAAAUCAAAGACACACCGAAUUCACAUGAAGAUCGGGGACAUAUCUCUGAAACGGUAUGUGACGUUCUAAAUGAAGCAACACAAGAAAAUGAUAAACUGGAGAGUAACAAUCUAAAUAAUAUUAAUGUGUUUAUCUCAACGGAGAACACAGAUUGUCCAAACGUCUGAACAAAUCUACAAAAUGGUGAAGCCGGGGGUACUAACGGUAUUAACUUGGAUAAAGGUUACACACAGACACAGACACAGCAAACCAACAUGGAGAUCUGGGACAUAUCUCUGAAGCAGUGUGUGACGUUCAAAAUGAAGCAGCACAAGAUAAUGGUAAACUGAACACAGAUACUGGUCAGGAUAACAACAAGAUAUCCAAUUCAUCAGACGAUAUAAAGUUAACAUAAAUCGAAAUCAAAACAAGCAUCGAAUGAACUGGUGUAUUAUUCAAGUAUAAAUCAACAGACAAACAUUAACUUUUUCAAUUCAGCGUUCGUUAUAGAGGUAUUGUUAGGGACAUAAAAAUAAAAUGUUAUUCAUGUGUAUUUGGCUGUAUUUGUUUGUUAAAUAUGCUUAUAGAGAAGUAUUAAUAUUUCAUAUUUAUUAAGAUGCAAUAUGACUUGAAGAAUAUUACAUAAAUUGUGUUCUACCAAAAUCAAACAUCGUAUCGUACCUGACUGAAUAAAGAAAUGAAUGUAUAUGAGCAUCAAAUGUUUAUGUUAAUGUUCAAAGUGUCAGAGAAAAUAUGAAUGUUAUUAUUAUCUCAAUGCCCUAAUUCUGCCUUUGACACGCUCAUAUAAAUUAUUUUGAACAGAAUAAAAAUCAUAAUUUUA